AUGCCGUGUCACGCUCUCAGAACUCGUCCCCAAAGCGACUCAUCCAUCCCAAUUCGCCCACUGCUGCCAAUUAUUUGUUUACAACCUCGCCAUAGCCCACGGCCCGUCGAAUGGACUUCUCGGCAAUCUUUUUCAUCUCUUAUCGUGAAAAUCAGGGAAAGAAAAAGUUAUCUCGAUACUUCUCUAUCUUAUCUAACUGAAAGCAAAUGUCCCCAUGAUAUAUGUGUAGGUAGACAGACAUACAUAGAUGUAUAUGGUAUUAUUUGCAGAAUGUUUGUUUUUGGUUUUUCAUCCAACGUUACAGUAUCUUCUGAGGAUAGAAUGGCAGAAACAAGAUAA